AUGGAAGUCCUGAGCUUGCUCAAGUACUGGCGCGGAGGUGGUGGAGGUUCCGCAGUCUCCGCCGCUGUCAUUGGUACCCGGCCUGCUGUCUCCAUCACCACCAUCUCUUCCUCCGCCUUGCCACCGGCCACGGAAACCGACGACGACUCCAGCGACGACGAGGGCCCAUUCUUCGACCUGGAAUUUACUGUUCCAGACGAGGAGAGCGAGGGUGCCCGUUUCGAGAACGAAGGCGUGGAUAUCGCAGAGGGAGGACAGAGGAAUGAAGCUAGAGAUGAAGCUUCAGAUGACGAGAGGGAGUUCGACCUGACAUUGACGUCCGAGGGAAGCUGUACUGAACUCCGCGCUGUUCCGAACCUUACGUGUUCGCCUUCCGACGAUCUCUUCUUCAAAGGAAGGUUUGUUCCUCUCGAGUCUUCGUCGCUCGCAUUCAGGCAUUCCGAAUCCGGCGCAAAGUCACAAAUGCUCCCCGUAUCCCUUCUGAAGACGAAGUUCCGCGUCCUUAUGUUUGGUUUUCGGAGGCCCAAGGGCGCCCACUCAGCAGCAGCCGCGGGAGAACCCCCUUCUAGCUCUGUCCCCGCUACCGUCUCCUCCCCCAAGAACCCGUCUCAACGCCAGGGUAAGUUGUUAGCGGUCAAGUUCAAGGUCGAGGAGGUGCCAAUCGUGUCCCUCUUCACAAGGGACAACAGCUCAAGAAGCACCACCGGAAGCAAUGGCAGGUCGCCGAAGCAGCAGGCUGAUGAUACCGAGGAUUCUUCCUUGCCUUCUAGCGGGGAGAAGAAGCUGCCCAAGGAACUGGUUCAAAAGUAUCUUGGCAAGAUUAAGCCACUUUACGUGCGAGUUUCGAAGCGUUACGCGGAAAAAUUGAGGUUCUCCGGUCAGUUGAGUUCGGAAGGUGUUGUCCCUAAGGAUCUGCCUUCGUCUGUGUCUAAGGAACUGGAAAAGAGAGAAGGCGAAGCGGCUUCGUCUCCACCUCAUGAGCUUCCCGGCAGCCCCGGCUCUGCCAAAACUGUCCAGAAGCAAAACCAGUCGGGAUCCCUUCCGGCAGGGCUUCGCGUGGUCUGCAAACAGCUGGGAAAGAGCAGAUCCGCUUCCGCGGCCGUCGCCGCGGUUCCAUCGCCUCCUCCGCCGGUGAUCAGGCGGCGGGACGAUUCACUCCUGCAGCUGCAAGAUGGGAUCCAAAGCGCCAUUGCGCACUGCAAGAUGUCGCUCAGCGCCUGCAAAGGUUGGUUCAUUCUCUCCCUCCCUGCUCGUAUUUGUUCAUGCAUCUUCUUCCAAUCCGUGUGGCUCAGACGGUCGUCUCUGUUUUUCUUAGAGCCGGACGUCUCCACAGCCUGCUGCGAGAAGGCCCGAGAGGAUUUUAUGUAG